UGGCCCAGCUUCUCCCACGAGGCGGGUACACGAUUACACCUACACGGCGCGCAUUCUUGCCUCAAGUAUCAUAUUAAACACCAAUACAGCCCACUUUGCGACAAUUUUACCUUGUCGCUAAUAAUUUUGUGUGUGCUCAAUCCUUGAAAAUUCCUUUAUGUGUCUAUCAUGGUGAUUAGCUGAUCACUCUUUUCCCGGGAAAGCCAGAGAUGAAUGAUGUCUGGCAACCUGAACCGUAUUGGACGGACGGCGGAGCAGGUGAAACAUGACCAUUGAAAAGAAAUACAAUCCAAGGUGCUUCUUCGAUGUGGAGGUAGGAGAAAAGCCUGUUGGCAGGAUUGUGUUCGAGUUGUUUGCCGAUGUCUGCCCAAUCACCUGCGAAAAUUUUCGUGCCAUUUGCACAGGAGAAUGUGGCUUGGGUAAAACAACUGGCAAGCCCUUGCAUUAUAAGGGAGUCAAGUUUCAUCGAGUGAUAAAGAAUUUCAUGAUCCAGGGUGGUGACUUUUCCGUAGGAAAUGGCAGUGGAGGAGAAUCUAUAUAUGGUGGAACUUUCAAAGAUGAAUGUUUCGAUGUCAGGCAUGACCAGCCAUUCCUCCUUUCGAUGGCAAAUCGUGGAAAGGACACAAAUGGUUCCCAAUUUUUCAUAACAACACAGCGCACGCCUCACCUUGAUGGCAUCCAUGUUGUGUUUGGCCGAGUCAUCAAAGGGGAGGAUAUCAUUCAGAGCAUUGAAAAUCAACCCACGGAUGCUAACAGUUCUCCUCUUCAGCCAGUUGUAAUUUCAAAUUGUGGGGAGUUAGUUCUGAAGAAGAAGCAGAAAGAGAAGAAAAGAAGGAAGACAUCUGCUUCGCCUUCUAAGAGUGAAGCGGAAUCUGACGUCGAAGGCACCGAGAAAGGCGAGAAGAAAAAGCAUAAGAAGCACCACAAACAUCGCUCAAAGAAAUCCAAGAAGGAAAAAGGAAAAAAUGAUGAGAGCCACGAAAAAGAAAAUCCUGACGAUGAUGCUGACGAGUUCACCAUUAACCCCAAGGAGAUUCCUGAGGUCCCUGCAAACAACUUUCUUAUGAGAAGGGUGGAUCCUGUUGAUGAUAACUACAGAGGUCCUCCAACCAGAGGGGGAGGAUUUAACCGUCGACCUAUGAUGUCUCGUUCUGGACGGAAGAUCAAGGGUAGGGGUUUCAUGAGAUAUCGAACACCAUCCCCUGAGGGUGGACGAUCAGGGAGUGAAACUCCACCACACUGGAAGCAAGCCCAGUCUAGAAUAAGGCCCUUCAGGGAAUUUGAAGAUACAGCAAAGGAAACAGAGAACCCGGAUGCAAAUGAAGAAGAAGGUGUUGCCCCUGAAGGUAUGGAGACUGACUCAGCUGUUGAGAAACCUAGAAGCCAAGAGCAGGGAGAAGCAAAACAAGACCGGGGCAACAGGGACAGAAACAGGGCCAGAGAACGGGAUCGAAAUCGUAACCGUGGUCAAGACUACAAUCGGGAUCGAGGCUCAGAAGGUGAACGCAAGAGGGAAAGGAAUCGCGACCGGCCACAAGAUCCCGAUCGGAGCCAACAGAAACAACGUAGCAGGGAACAAAAUCGUGGUCGAGAUGCACAGCAGGAUGAGGAACCAAAGCGAGAACGGCCAAGCCGCAAUGGUAGCACUUCUAACCCAGUGAAACGGGAUAGACGAGACAGGGAUGAUGAACCACCCCCAAGUCGGAACAGGCACGAUCAUCACGAUAAACGCCGUUCACCAUCCAGAGAUGGAAAGUCACGUCGGGAAUCAAGGCGAAGACCCGACGAGUCGUCAAAAACGCCUGCCGAAGGAGAUCACCACCGAUCACACCAGGAUAGCAGACGUGGCGUCCAUGGAGCACAGGAGGAAAAACCAAACAUUCCUGUCCAAUCAUCUGGUGCAUCGCAUGCAGCAAAGGAGAUGGGUACAUUGGGAUCGGACGUUCAUAAGAAUGACACUGUAGAUAGCAGCAGAAACGAUGGUAGACGGGGUGUUACGUCAUCUAUUGGCAAAGACCAGAAUGCACAUCAAAGUGAAAGUGGUUCGAUGAUGAGCAUAGUUCCACCUGGGGCACGUCACCUAUCCUCCUUACCAGUGAUGGUAGACCCGACAGAACCUCCGCCACCAGGGGUAGAGCCCGAUGAGUUCUCUUUGAACAUGGUGGAGUCAUUGUCUUCUUCACAGACGAAGUGGGACAGCAAACUACCAUCAGGAAGUAGCCACAAAGACUCUGCUCUAACGAGCAGUGAAGUAAAGAAAGCCCCCACUCCUGCUGCACCACGACGAAACCGCUGGUCAAGUGGACCUCCAUCAUCCAAUCCUGUCCCAGACGAAGAACCCAAAAAACGGGCUAGCGAACCGGAAAGGCCACCUGAACCUGCAACCGCUUCUACGGCUAGGACACCUAACAAACCUCAGAUUGAGCGCAGAAGUGGGAAUGCUUCAUCUUCCAACAGGAGACAAAGCCUCGAGAGUGAGCAAAAGAAGUCUGACCAGUCACCUGAACGACGACAGAAACAAAGCACUCGGCGAGGGCGAUCUAGCUCCUCUGCAAGUCCUCGUCGUCGCCCUUCGAGAAGUCGUUCCCGAGGACGCAGAGGAAGGACUCGUAGCUCUUCGGAGGGACGGCGCAGGCGUCAGCGCAACCGGUCCAGGAGUAGGAGCCGGAAGAAGAGCCACCGUUCGGCAAGUUCCUCGUCCCGUAGCGAUCGGGGUCGUACAAGGAACAGACGCAGGAACAGGGACUCGUCUGACGAUGGCAAUAGAGGACGCAGCAGAAGAGCCAGGAGGCGGCCGUCGAGUUCUAGCAGCGAUUCAUCGAGCUCGAGCAGCAGUGCUGACAGUGGUUCAAGUGGGAGAAGGCGCAGAAGGAAGGGAGGACGGCAGUCGAGGCAACGACGACGGAGUUCAACCAGCAGUUCAGGCUCGAGCAGCAGCUAAAAGCUUUGCUGUUGCAACAAUUGUACAUUGCAGAAUGCGUGGAUUCCGCACGUCACGCAUCUCAGAGAACACUGUCAGAGUCACGCUGUGGGCUAGAGGCGGUAGGUUAAAAAUCAUCGGAACUCAUUUUCAUUGAGGGUGAUGUGUCUGUAUGUUUCGUCAAUAAACAUCUUUGGUUUAGCUUGUA